UUGCGGGACCACGCAAACCCAUCAUUUCGUCUCGUCUAAUCCCAAAAACAAACUCUCGGGAGGUGAGGUGUGAUCGUUUCUCUUUGAUGAGUCAGUCGUCUGCCACGAUACGAAGAAAGCGUAGUUUAGAAAAAAGAUAACACGUCAAAGCUCCUCCUCCUCCUCCUCGCCGCGCACGUUAGCUCUAGGCAUGUCUUCUUCUUGAUGUUGGUUAUUCUCGUAGCAACUAGAAGAAGCUAACUUCUCUCUCUCAUCUUAUCCGGAUCGCUUCUUGCUUCUCGUCGUUCGCUUCCGAUCACUCUGGGUUUCUCAAUUCCCUACGUAUUAUUAGGAUCAUUGAUUUCGUACACUUGGGGGGAUGAUGAUGCGUACUGUCUCUCUACCAUUGUCUCAUGAUCUCAAUGUUCAUAAGAUCCAUGAAGCUUCUGGAUACCAUAAUGUAUGUUGUUUUUGUGUUUGUGCUGUUGGUCAAUUUCCUAGACAAGACGUUUGGAGUCUUCAGCUUCUGGAGACCUUGAGUGGUUCAACAGUACCUGUAUCAUCUAGGUGUAAUGCAUUCGUUUGUCGGUCAGCUCUCUUUCCCGGGAAUGGAAAUGAAGGCCCUAUUCUUAAAUCAACUGCUGUAAUAUUCACAAGGGCAUACGAUGUUUUACGAGGAAAUCCGCAUUUGAUGAAACUGAUUCCAGCAGUUGGGAUUCUCGCAUUUGCUACAUGGGGUCUUAGACCCCUUCUGCGCCUUGCCAGAACUACCAUGUUCGAGAAGGGGAAUGACGCAAAUUCACAUAAGAACAGCACGCAAUACAUUGUUGUGUCAUAUCUCCAGCCUUUGCUACUUUGGAGUGGAGCAAUCCUUUUAUGCAGAACAUUAGACCCAAUAGUAUUGCCUUCAAGUGCCAGCCAGGCUGUUAAGCAACGCCUUCUUAGCUUUGCUCGGUCCAUGUCAACGGUCUUGGCAUUUGCCUGCUGCUUAUCAAGCUUACUUCAGCAGGCGCAGAAAUUUUUUAUGGAGACAAAUAAUCCUGCUGAUAGCAGAAAUAUGGGUUUUAGCUUUGCUGGAAAGGCUGUUUAUACUGCUGCGUGGGUUGCUGCUGCUUCAUUGUUUAUGGAACUGUUGGGUUUCUCUACCCAAAAGUGGCUAACGGCUGGGGGUCUGGGGACAGUACUGCUCACUCUUGCUGGUCGUGAGAUACUUACAAACUUUCUAUCAAGCAUUAUGAUUCAUGCGACACGGCCCUUUGUUCUGAAUGAGUGGAUCCAGACUAAGAUAGGAGGCUAUGAAGUUUCUGGUACAGUGGAGCACGUUGGUUGGUGGUCACCUACAGUUAUCAGAGGUGAUGACCGUGAAGCAGUUCAUAUUCCAAACCACCAGUUCAGUGUAAAUAUUGUGAGGAAUCUUACUCAAAAGACGCAUUGGCGCAUCAAAACACAUCUUGCCAUCAGUCAUCUUGAUGUCAGCAAAAUUAAUAAUAUUGUGGCUGAUAUGCGCAAGGUGUUGUCUAAAAAUCCUCAAAUCGAGCAGCAAAAGAUACACAGAAGAGUCUUUUUGGACAAUAUAGAUCCAGAGAACCAAGCCCUGAGGAUCCUAAUAUCCUGUUUUGUAAAGACUUCACGUUUUGAAGAAUACCUGUGUGUUAAGGAAGCAGUGCUCCUGGAUCUUCUUACAGUAAUAAGGCAUCACGGGGCACGUCUAGCAACUCCCAUUCGAACAGUACAGAGGAUGCGUAAUGAGACUGAGGUGGACAGUGCAGGAUUUUCAGACAUCAUUUUCAACCAAGCAGCGAUGAACCGUCGACUCAUGCUGAUUGAGCCAUCCUAUAAAAUCAACAGCGAUGACAACACAAAGUCUUCCUCACCCAACUCAAUGCCGAAGAGUGAAGAGAAGGACCUACAAGAAGAACGAUUGGAAACCAAGGCUGAAACAGAAAAUAACGGCAAAAAAGAGAAACAGAAAGUGGCUCUUGGUUUCAACUCCAGUACAGGCACUAAGGGUUCACCAACCUCAACAUCCGACCAGCUGGUAGCACAAAAGUCAGAAGAAAAGAAGAAACAGAGCGUGGGAGAUUCAAAUAAAGCAGAGAAGGAUGAAGUUUCUGAUGGCGAAGGUGCAACAGAGCAGACAUUGAAAUCAAAAGCAAAACAAGGGACUGAAAAGAGCAGUGGAGAUUCGAAAGCUCGAGAUGGUGGUGGAUCAGGUACCAGUUCUUCGCUAGAGGAGAACAUUGUUCUUGGUGUUGCGUUGGAUGGCUCAAAACGUACACUCCCGAUUGAUGAAGAACAUAAGGCAUCUGGUGCGUUAAUGGAUUCUGAAGAACUCGGUAUUGGAUUGGAAUAAGCGAAAGGAGAAGAGGUAUAAAGAAAUUUGGAUGCAUCUGUAGAAAGUAACAAACAGAUAUGGAGGAAUGAGCGCAACUCUGUUAAUUUUUUUUCAAGUGUAAGGGUUUGCGCCAUUUCACCUCUGUAAAUAAUUCCUAGCGAUUCAAGAACUCAAAAAUUAGUUUGUUUCAAGUGACUAGUUUGAAGGUUUUUCGUG